GCAAGGGAAGGGUGCUGAGAGGGAGCCCAGGGUCCGGCUGGACGUCAUACCUCAGAGGCUAAGUGGGUGAAAACUGGUCACGGGGAAAUUAAAGCCACCAUGAGCACAGUGACAGAGUUGAGUCCCACCGCUGGCAAGACCGAGUGCACCAGAGGCUUGCAAGGGGACCAGACACUCAUUCCCAGGACAGUUCCGAGAUUAUGUUCCACUCGCUACAGAGUCGCCUUAGUGACCCACUUUGCCAACUUCAUCCUGAUGGCACACAGCUGUGCCAUCAACAUCACCAUGGUAGCCAUGGUGAACAGCACGGAACCGCAGCCUCAGCUCAACAGCUCCACCGAGGGGCUUCCUGACGACUUACUUGGUGGCCCACCUGAAGUCUCACAGAAACUACCUGCAAAGGCCCCUGUGUAUGACUGGAGUCCUCAAACGCAAGGCAUCCUCUUCAGCUCUGCUCAGUACGGCAUGGUGCUGCUGCAGGCUCCCGCCGGGUUCCUGGCUGGAAGAGUAGGAACCAGGAAAGUGGUCGGCGUUGCUGUGCUGGGAUCGUCGCUGCUCACACUCUGCAUCCCUCUGGCUGCGCACUUUGGACUGGCCCUGCUCAUUGCAGCUCGGGUGAUGCAGGGCCUGGCCCAGGGCACAGGGUACGGGGGUCAGUUUGCGCUUUGGCAAAGAUGGGCUCCCCCUCAUGAACGGAGCACCCUUUGUGGCAUCAGUCUGACCGGGAUGAUACUGGGAAUCUUCACUGUCACCCUCAUGGGCGGCAUCAUCAGUCAAGCCCUCGGGUGGCCCUUCGUCUUCUAUAUCUUCGGAGGCCUUGGUUGUGUCUGCUGUUUCCUCUGGUUCAUUUGCAUUUACGAUGACCCAGGCUCUCACCCAAGGAUAAGUAUCCCGGAAAGAGAAUACAUCUUAUCUGCCUUGGACCACCAGGUCAGCUCAGAAAAGCAGUCUUUUCCCGCCAAAGCCAUGCUCAGGUCUCUGCCGCUCUGGUCUAUCUGUUUUUGCAGCUUCUGCCAUCAGUGCCUAGUCAACAUGUUUGUCAUGUACACGCCCACGUACAUCAGUUUCGUGUACAAAGUAAACAUCAGGGAUAAUGGGCUCUUGUCUUCCCUUCCUUUUCUUGUCGCCUGGUUCGUUGGUAUCCUGGGAGGCCAGAUGGCAGAUUUCCUUCUGGCCAAAAAUUUUAGGCUUGUCACUGUGAGGAAAAUUGCCACUGUUUUAGGAAAUCUUCUCCCUUCUGUCCUCAUUGUGGCUCUGCCCUAUGUCAGCUCCAGCUAUGUAACAACAACCACAUUUCUGACACUGUCCUGUGGUCUAGCCCCUUUCUGUCAAGCUGGGAUCUAUAUUAACAUUCUAGAUAUCGCUCCAAGGUUCGCCAGCUUUCUCAUGGGGGCGUCUAGAGGUCUCGCGCAUAUGGCAGCCGUGCUGGUGCCCAUUGUCUGUGGACUGCUCCUCACUCAGGACCCUGAGUUUGGGUGGAGGAAUAUCUUCUUCCUGCUGUUUGCCGUUAACCUACUGGGCCUUGUCUCCUACCUCAUCUUUGGAAGAGCAGAUGUCCAAGAGUGGGCUAAGGAGAAGAAGCUCACCCGUUUAUGAAGGUGGGAAGACUUCUGUGGUGAUAACACACCAGAGAAGACUGUGAUUGCUGUGGUUCUUCUCAAAAAGAAGCCUGGGGCUGGAGACACAGCUCGGAGAUGAAAGGAGCUUGCUUGAACAAGCCUGACAGCACGGGCAGCCCCGGGUUCGGUUCCCCGGUACCCACAUAAAGAGAAGUGCAUGCAUCUGGAAGUCCUGGUACACCUGUUUUCUCUCUAAAACAAACAAAUAAAUAACUGUUUUUAAAAAGGA